AUGGCGGAUGAUGUUUUGGCAGAGAAAGUGUUUAUUUAUAUUUGCGAUAGUGGUGGUUCUGUCAAGCUGUCUGUUCUUUUAAAACAAUCAUCGCCCUUGGGAAGUAGGAAAUCAGAGUUAGAAGCGAAAAAUUGGCUGAUGAGUCAAGCUGAUCCGUGUUUAGUCGUCGUGAAAGAUUUCAAUAGCAAUAGCAGGUGUGCGAAUUGACCUAAGAAAAAUAUUGUCGACAAUAUCACGAGAAAGGUUCUUGUCGAAGUUCUUAGGGAAGGUGUUCUGGGAAGGAAGUUCUGGCAUAUUUGUAAAGGAUUUAUGCAAGAGAACUGUCAUGGCAAAUGCAACCACUCGAACAACUUUUUGACCCGGAAAACAGCGAGAAGACAAAGGAAUUUGGACUGGCUAAACAUCCGAACGGAACUAUCAAGAAUAUUGUUGUGUGA